GGGACAGAACCCAAGAUGGCGGCGGCGGCACGGCUGGUCCUGGUGGGGCUGGUGCUGGGGGCGGCGCGCGCCGGGCGGGUCCCGCUGCUGGGCUGGUCCGGCCACAGCGCGCUCUGGCCCCCCCUGGCCGACAGCUUCGAGGGACACGUGGUCGGCGCGGCCCAGCUGAGGUCGCUCCUCGGCCCCGCCCUGGAUCGGGGCCCCCGCAACGUCCUGCUCUUCCUGCAGGAGCAGCUCAGCCUGGAGGAUUUCACAGCGUAUGGGGGGGUCUUUGGCAACAAGCCUGACAGCGCCUUCCCCAGCCUGGAGCGCGCCCUGGCGGGGGCCCCCUCAACCCUGGUGCUCCCGGCGGUGCAGGGGGCGGCGGCUGUCGGGGUCCUGGGGCUGCUGGAGGAGACGCUGGGGCUGAGCCCCCUGAACGUGGAGCCGGGCGCCUUGCGGGAGCUGGGCCUCAACGCCAGCCAGCCGGCCCUGCUGCUGGUGCGCCUGCCCCCCGCCGCCGGUUCCAGCCUCAUGGCCCCCAAGGAGGUGCUGAUGAGCAAUGAUGAGAUCAUCGGGCAGGUGCUCAGCGCCCUGAAGGAGGAGGAUGUGCCGUACACGGCGCUGCUGACGGCUGGAGCCCCCUCACGGGUUCUCCGGGACGUCUCUGGGGUGGCCCCCGGGCGAGUGGGCCGCCAGCUGCUGCAGAAGCCGACCCCAGCACCAGCGCAGCACCCCCCGGUGCGGUACCCCCUGACGGGCGAGCCCCAGAUCCUCUUCUGGGCCCAGAACUUUUCUGUGGUCCAGGGCAGCAAGUGGGUCGACCUGACGCCCCAGACAUUUGGGGCCGAGGCCUCCGUUGAUGUGAGCGGCUCGUUCUGGAGCUCCAACGAGUCUCGGCUGGUGCUGAAGUAUGCCAACGUUCUGGGGUCCCCUCUGACAGCCACCUUCCACAUGACCAGCUGGCGGUUUCCUGUCUCCGGCCGGGACUGGUUCCAGCUGAGCCGCCUGGAGCUGGUGACCCCCUCGGCCAGCCCCACUGUGUUCAACGCCUCGCAGGUGACGGCCCCCAGCAACUACUCCUGGCGCUGCGCCUACCUCAGCAGCCUGCCGGGCUUCGGGGCUGGCCUCCUGCCCCACGGCCCCGGCCCCAGCCCCAGCUGGGGGGUGCUGCUGCAGGAUGUGCAGCUGCAGGGGUUCAAUGUGCUGGGCCUGCAGUUCUCCUACGCCAGCGACUGCGCCGGGUUCUUCGCACCGGGCACCUGGAUGGGGCUGCUCACGGCCCUGCUGCUCGGCGCCAUCUUCGCCUGCGGCCUCCACGUGCUGCUGGCCCUCAAGACCAUGGACCGGUUCGACGACCCCAAGGGGGCCACCAUCGCUGUGCCCCAGGGCGAGUAGGGCGGGGCUGGGCCCUGCCCCCCCUGCAGCUGGGAAACCCUGGGUCUGCACUGGGGCCUCAGCUGUGCCCCCUC